AUGGUAUCAGGAGACCAUCUCUCCAACGAGAAUUUGAUCCUUAUUUCCCAAAUGUAUUUUGAAAAUCAGCCUACCCCUUCCUCCGAAAUUCCUCUUGUUGAUUUCAACAUCACAGCUCAGAUUAAUGAGAAACUCACACCCUCAUCUUUUCCCCAAUGGCAAGCACAAUUUGAGGCCCUUCUCAUUGGCUAUGAUCUAAUGGAUUAUGUCAAUGGAAAAUCACAAUGUCCCUCUUCCGAUGGGACCCUAGUGUCUUUAGCCAAGAAAAAUCGUUGGGUUCGGCAAGAUAAGCUAAUUCUUAGCGCUGUUCUUGCAUCUACCUCAUCCACAAAUACGCCUCUCAUUGCCACGACCAAGACCUCAUAUGAGGCAUGGAAAAAAUUGUCUACUCUAUAUGCAAGCAAAUCGCGUACAAGGGCAAUGCAACUCAAGGAAGAACUACCCUUGAUUCAAAGAGGAAAUCGACCAAUUCCAGAGUAUCUUCAUGCAAUUAAAGGACUGGCUGAUGAGAUAGCUCUCAUCGAUCACCCCAUCUCCAACGACGAUCUAACCCUCUAUGUCCUCAACGGGUUAGGUCCUGACUUUCGUGAGAUCGCUGCCCCUAUUCGAGCAAGAGAAAAAUCUCCUGCUUUUGAAGAGCUCCAUGAUCUACUUGUUGGACAUGAGAGCUACUUAAGGAGGAUGUAA